CUUAGGGACACACAACGGCAUCAUGACGAGACCACAGGUUCUCUCAUUCCAGCAGGAAGCUCAGGGGACAGAGAAGGUCACUGGGAAAUAGCAGAUGAGGGUUAAAGAGCCAUCAGAGUGGGGAGCUCAAGAGAAGACAAAAAGAACUAAGAGAACAAAUCUCUCUUUAGAAGAAGAUUCCUCUGAUGAUAUUGCUGGUCUAACUUGCCAUCAUGUGAGUCAAGCAGUAGAUGUGAACCAUGUUAAAAGAGCUGUCUCACAGGCUGUGUGGUCAGUAUGCACAGAGUGUAUGAAGGAGAGAAGGACACAAGAUGGUGAAUUAGUUGUCCCUGCAGAAGUCUGGCUCUGCCUUAAAUGUGGCCAUCAGGGCUGUGGAGCCAAUUCUGAAUGCCAGCAUUCUCUAAAACACUUUGAGGCUCUCCACACAGAGCCUCACUGCAUUGCAAUCAAUCUCAGCACAUGGCUGACUUGGUGUUACAAAUGUGAUGAAGAACUGUUAACCCACUGCAACAAAAAGGUGCUGGCACAGAUGGUUGACUUUCUCCAAAAGCAUUCAACUCGUUCUGCAAAAGGUUGCUCAUCUAAAGUUAUUGUAUUGCAUGAACAAAGGAGCAAAGCUUGUGAGACACAAAAAGGAAACUCUGUUUCUACUUGCGCUUCUGUACCAGUCAAGGGAAUUAAUAAUUUGGGCAACACUUGCUUCUUUAAUGCGGUCAUGCAGAAUUUAGCUCAAACGCACAUGUUAAGUGACACUCUGAAUGAAAUGAAGGAAAAAGGUACAAAGCUCAAGAUCAAUAGUAGUGAAGAUGUGCACCUGGAUCCGUUAGUGAUCAGUCUCUCCAGUCCUGGGUCUUUGACAUCCGCAGUGCUCUUAUUCCUGCACAAUAUGAAGGAGGCUGGGAAAGAACCUCUCUCUCCUAAAGUGCUCUUCAGCCAGCUGUGCCAGAAGGCCCCUCGUUUUAAAGCUUUCCAGCAGCAAGACAGCCAGGAACUUCUUCACUAUUUGCUGGAUGCAAUGCGUAUAGAAGAAACAAAGCGAAUACAGUCUGGCAUAUUAAAAGCAUUCAACAACCCAACAACUAAAACUGCAGAUGAGGAAACAAAGAGAAAAGUCAAAGCCUAUGGCAAAGAAGGUGUGAAGAUGAACUUUAUUGAUAGAAUAUUUGUUGGUGAAUUGACAAGCACUGUAAUGUGUGAGGAAUGUGAACAUAUUUCUGCAGUAAGAGAAGCUUUUAUUGAUCUUUCACUGCCGAUUAUAGAAGAAAGGGUGUCCAAACCAGCAAUUUCUGGAAGAUUAAGCAAAUGUAAAAGUGCCCAGGAAGACAACAGCAUUCAGUGUAAAUGCAUUAACAAUCAGCAUAUGAGACUUCACAAGAAACAUACAUUAACUAAAAAUCAGUUGAAUCGAGGGAAGACAAAGUCGGCUUCAGGUGAUGAAAAUCGAAACCUUAUUAUGCAAGGAAAUGAUGAUGUUCGAACUGCUGGUACAAGAAUAAAUAGUACAUAUGCUCAGGAGUCCAUACCAGUUAACCAGAAUUUGAACACUGUUAGUCAGUCAGAUGGUAGUGAACAAAAUGACAGCAGCCAGCUGGAAAGCAGUGGUGAUGCAGACAGUGAGGCCUCAGAGUAUGAGAAUUCAGAACCCCAGGCAGACAAAAGCAUAAGUCUAGACUCUACACUACACAGCAGUCACAAUAAGAAUAUUACUUUGGACAGCUGUCAACAUCAUGAUGUAGUAGGCUUUGGUCAUGAUGCUGUAACUGGUCCAUUAUCAAAGCUUGGCAUUAAUAGCUCAGAGGAGGACUCUGGCUCCUUUGGAAAAGAGCAAUUGCUUGGUUUUACACAUGAAAAUUGUGUUUUAUCCCAAAACCCACAAACUGCUUUCCAAACACUUUCACAUGGAUACAUAACAAGACCUAAGGAAUGCUCAGUCCAGUCCUGCCUUUACCAGUUUACAUCAGUUGAACUUUUAAUGGGCAACAACAAACUUCAGUGUGAGAACUGCACCCAAAAACAACUGGCGUUCCAACGAAAAAUAAAGUCUACAGAGGAAAAGCAAGAAAGUGUUUAUACCAAUGCUAGGAAACAACUCUUGAUUUCUGCAGCACCAGCUAAUCUCAUUCUGCACUUGAAAAGGUUCUAUCAGAAUGGCUUAACACUUCGGAAAAUAAACAGACACGUGGAUUUUCCUUUGGUUUUAGAUUUGGCACCGUUCUGCUCGGCUACUUGUAAGAAUAUAGUGGAAGACAAGUGUGUCCUAUACAGUCUGUAUGGAAUAGUGGAACACAGCGGUUCCAUGAGAGGUGGUCACUAUACAGCAUAUGUGAAGAUCAGGAUGCCUUUCAAGAAAGUCAGCGAGAAAAUUCCUGGAAAUAAGAAUUCUGUCGGGCAAAGGGGUGGCCCAGAAUUAUCAAGUCAAUGGGUAUAUGUCAGUGACACACAUGUGCAGAUGGUAUCGGAGUCCCGAGUGCUGUCUUCCCAAGCAUACCUUUUGUUUUAUGAAAAACUGCACUAAUUCUGGUUUCUCAGGCACAUUGCAUUUAUGCAUAUCUCAGAGUUUCCACCUUAGCUGCGCUAAUGAUAAUAAUAAUGAUGGUUUUAGUUCUACACAGGUAGAAUACCAAAGUUUGUAGUGAAAGGGAAGACCUUACCCGCAUACCCUGGCACUCCGGUAGAGAAGUGAUCGGUGCACAAAUGCUGGAGGGAUCGGCACCCUCCUGGGCAAUCACAGACAGGAAUAAGCACUGGCACUCGAAGCAGUUAUAUGCAAGGGCUUGCCCUGCUUGUAUCUGCUUUGAGUGCCAGUGCUUAUUCCUGUCCGAGAAUAACAAAGUUUGCCUAUGAAAAUGAAAUCAUACACUUUUGCCCUACACCUUAUAAUCAAAUUACCAGUGUUUCUGUGGGCCUAUAUAUACCCAUAUCUCCUGCUUCCUCCCCACUGAAUGUCUCUAAAGCAUUAUACCAUCCACAGUUCUCUCAGCAUUCAUGGAGCAGUAAUAUACUUGUGCUGGUUAAAUGCUAAGCAAAAAAGCUAUGAAAAGGACAUUAUACAAAGUCAACAUAAGUUUAGCAUGAGUUUAGAAUGUAGAUAGCUUUUAUACUGAGUAAAACAAGGGUUCUCCCCCAUGUCUGAGAGAUUGUAAAUGUAUUUCUUGGUGAAAGGCAAGCAGACAUCCUGUCAUUAACUUUUAAAUUUACCACCAGAGGGCAGUGUUUGGUUUUGAAUGGGUUUUCAUGUCAGGAAAGUUACGGCUGCAUUCACUUAUAUGAGUAGAUAACUUUUUUUUUUACUAAAUGUCCAUAAAAGAGUAAAAUAAGUGUGAACUAUAAUGUAAUAUGAAUGUGUAAAACAGGGAUCCCCAACCUUUUUUUUAACUUGUCACACUCAGAUGUAAAAAGUAUUGGUGAGCACCAUGAUCAUCUAACUAAAUUAACUGAUUACUGCAUUUAAAGCGGACCUGUCACCCAGACAUAAAAAGCUUUGUACUAAAAGUCCUUUGUAAAUUAAACAUGAAACCCAAUUUCUUUUGUCUAUUAUUAACACCCAUACCUGUUAUAAAUGUAUUUAAAAAUCUGAGCUGUCAAUCAUAUAGUUCCAGCCCCGCCUGUAUGCCUCAGGCAGAGAGGCAGGACAGUCAAUUAGUUUCACUUUCCAUUUAGCAUUUCCUAGAUGUCACUGCACUCCUCACAUUCAGGGCUGUGGAGUCGGUAGAUAAAUUCUCCGACUCCGACUCCUCAGUUUCUGAUACUUCCGACUCCACGACUCCGACUCCUCUGUUUUUAAUAUGCUAAUGUAUUUUAUACAUUCAUACAGUCAAUGAAAAGCAUGCUUCAUGGUCACUCAGAAGUGAGAAGUAAUUUUUUUUUUAUUCCCAUUUAAAUUUAGUAGGAGUCUGAGUCGGCUCAUUUUUUGCCGACUCCAACUCCAGGUACCCAAAAUUGCCUCCGACUCCACAGCCCUGCUCACAUUGUUCCUCCUCAACUCACGGUAUAUAAUUGUGUAGCCUGUGCAUGCCCCCCCCAAGUUUUUAUAGUGAUACAAAAUGUGCCUCAAUAGUGUCCACAUAACGGCACCUUCCUGCUUGCUGUGACUGUGAAUUACAGGACUGAAGGAUACAAAAUUUAAAAAGAUGUAUAUAGAGCAAGUAAAGUUUAUUUUGCUCAACUAACAUUAUAGAGAAGGAUUUGGAAUUAUUUCUAAGGGUGACAGGUCCCCUUUUACAGAAUGACCCACAAGCAUGGUUGGACUGGGGGGUGCAGGGCCCACCGGGGCUGCUGCCACAGGGGCCCUGCUCCUGCCAUGGGUCCUCCACACAAUGGGGGAGCACCAUCAGGGAUCGGGUCUGGCAGGGCCCACGGGGUUUUUCCCGGGGCCCUGUCCGACCCUGCCCACAAGUAAAAAUAACAAAAGGGCAAUUUUUCCCAAAAGGAAAUUGUGGCCUAUUUAAGUCUUAUUUCAUGGUUACAUAGACAUGUUCAUCUAAUUGUGUGCAACCAUGUCUUUUUUUAAGUUGCUGAAACAUACGGUAGGUAUGAGUACUGUUUUGUAAAAUACUUGGAACUUGAUAAGAGGGCUUAUUUACAAUUGCUGGAACUAACACAGAUGCGCAAUUGCACCCAUGCAAUCUUUAUUCACAGAUGUGUUUGCGCCUUUAGUUACUCACCUGUCCUUGCACUUUGUGCUAGUUUGCCAGUUGUGCCUACUUUGGUUCAUAAGAUACAAGGUGCAGAGUGCCUUAAACAGACGGUAAGUACAGAACUUCUUUUGCAUGGUGUGGCAGUAGCCCACAGAUGACCCACAAGUAAAGAUUCAGGUGUUAGUAGUGUCAGUGAAAUUCACAUGAUAAGUGUGCUCUGGGCAGCUGCUGAGAAGCUAAGCUUAGGGGUCCUCACAAA